AUGAGACCUGAGAACAGGAUUGGAAAGCGCGAACAUUUGUAUGUCCCGUCACGUACGCAUUCAUUACGGACAGUUGAACCUACCAUAAGUCCUUAUGCUUCAUCGAUGAAUCCAUCAUAUCAUAGACAAUGGAACUCAUCAUUUACAAACAGGGNGUCACGUACGCAUUCAUUACGGACAGUUGAACCUACCAUAAGUCCUUAUGCUUCAUCGAUGAAUCCAUCAUAUCAUAGACAAUGGAACUCAUCAUUUACAAACGUGAGCAAAGGGAUGUUUAAAGAUACUGCCGAGCCUAAGAGUAGUCCAUUAUUCAUUGGUAUCAUUUCAGGCGUUGCUGCAUUGUUGGCAGCAAUAUUUGCAAUGGCUAUAUAUGGAGCGGUUGCUUUAAGCACACCUCAAUCAACAAAUACGACCACUGUUAUAGAUUUUCCAAUUGGAGCAACUCUCAUGUACGCCGGAAGUGCAUCAGCACUAGCCGAUCAGAAUAGUCGAUGGUUAUUUUGUAACGGUUCUGAAGUAUCACGAACAACUUACCGAACAUUAUUUUCUGUGAUUGGUAUUACCUACGGAGUUGGUAAUGGUAUAGAUACAUUUAAUUUACCUGAUUUUCGUUCUCAAUUUCCGUUGGGUGCCAAUGAAACGAACGAUACGCAUCUGGCAAUGGGUGGUAGCGCAUCGCAUACGAUAACAGUAACCGAGUUGCCUGCACAUACCCAUGACCAAGGUACACUACUAACGCAAACCGAUGGCGCACAUACACAUGGAUAUUCAGAUCCAGGCCACAGUCACACUGGAGCAACAACUGGCGUAUGGAUUCCUACGUAUGGCUAUGGAAUUCCAUGGACUGGCCAAUGGGGCUUUACCGCGUUGUCCAAUCAUUUGCAUGGAAUUUAUGCUGAUGUCACUGGUAUCACUAUACAAUCGAGUGGAAGUCAUACGCAUAUAAUCAGUGGAUCUACAGGUUCAGAAGGGCAGGGUCAACCGAUAAAUGCAUUGCCACCCUAUCAAACUGUUCAUUACAUAAUUAGAGUAUGA